AUGAAAACCCUCAGUAGCUUCAGCUUUGAGUUAUUUCAGUUUGGUUCGGAGCACGUUGCCACGGUGACACUUCCUGCCUCCUUCAACGAUCUGUUACCUCACUUCCUGGUGGAGCCUGACGAUGAGUACAUAGUGAAGAACAAGCCCGUCACCCUGACCUGUCGCUCCACCCCGGCAACACAGAUCUACUUCAAAUGUAACGGGGAGUGGGUCCAUCAAGAUGAUCACCUGAUCGACCGCACCGUGGACCCUGCUACAGGUCUGCCCAUCAUGCAGGUGAAAAUAGAUAUCUCCAGACAGCAGGUUGAGAAGAUCUUUGGUCUGGACGACUAUUGGUGCCAGUGUGUCGCCUGGAGCACUACGGGAACCCAGAAGAGCCAAAAGGCAUAUGUCAGGAUCGCCUACCUGAGGAAGAACUUUGAGGAGGAGCCAAUGGGGAAGGAAGUCUCGUUGAACCAGGAAGUGUUGUUACGCUGUCAUCCUCCAGAGGGCGUACCACCAGCUGAGGUGGAGUGGCAGAGGAACGAGUAUGUGAUCGACCCGGUAAGCGAGCCCAACUUCUUGGUGACUGCAGACCGUAAUCUGAUCAUCAAACAGGCCAGGCUGGCGGACACGGCCAACUACACCUGCGUGGCCAAGAACAUUGUGGCUCGACGCAAGAGCUCCCCCGCCACCGUUCUGGUCUACGUAGAUGGAGGUUGGAGUGAUUGGUCUAAUUGGUCUGAGUGCGGAGUGGACUGUUCCAUGUGGCGCAGUAGAGAGUGUACCCAGCCCUCGCCUGGCACCGGGGGCAAAGACUGCCAGGGCAUCGACCUCCAGUCACUCAACUGUACCAGCCAACAGUGUCUACAGACUGCCAAUGGAGUUGAGGAUGUGGCCCUGUAUGUGGGUAUUGUAGCCAUAGCUCUCUGUCUGACCCUCAUCCUCAUCGUGGUGGUCCUGGUCUACCGCCGUAAGAAGGAGGGUCUGGACGCUGACGUAGCGGACUCGUCCAUCCUGACCACGGGCUUCCAGCCUAUGGGCAUCAAGCCUAGCAAGCCAGAGAACUCCCAUCUGCUUACCAUCCAGCCGGACCUAACCACCACGACCACCAGCUACCAAGGAACCCUGCACUCACGUCACGACGGCACCACACACACCGGCACCUCUAAGUUCUCAAUGACCAACGGUCCUCUUCUGGACCCCUUACCCAACGGGUCGCACCACACCUUACACAACGGGAAGAUGACCUCUGACCCUGCAGAGUUUAUGACCCGCCUGUCCAAUCAGAUGUACUUCAAGACGUUGCCGCGGGACGUGGCUAACACCUCGUAUGGGACAUUCAACUUCCUGGGGGGCAGACUCACCAUCCCCAACACAGGCAUCAGCCUGCUGAUCCCUCCAGAGGCCAUCCCCAGGGGAAAGAUCUAUGAGAUAUAUCUCACCGCUCAGAGGAAGGAAGAUUUAAGGUUACCCCUGGUGGGCUGCCAGACCCUGCUGAGUCCCAUAGUGAGCUGUGGUCCUCCGGGGGUGGUUCUGACGCGGCCCACAAUUCUCAGCAUGGACCAUUGUUCUGACGCCUGUCCUGAGAACUGGGCCAUCAGGCUGAAGAAACAGAACUAUGAAGGCGUCUGGGAGGACGUCUUAAUGAUGGGAGAGGAGUUGAUCUCGGAGCCGUAUUACUGUCAGUUGGAGGCAGAGACGUGCAGAGUGUUCUCGGAGCAGUUGGGUCGUUUCUCUCUGGUGGGAGAAUCUCUAAACAUGUCCGCAGCUAAGCGUCUCCGUCUGGUGCUCUUCUCUGACGCAUACUGCUCUACCCUAGAGUAUAACAUCAGAGUCUACUGCAUGGAUGAUACACAAGAUGUCUUCAAGGAGGUGAUGCAGAUGGAGAGACAGCUAGGUGGUCGUCUGAUUGAUGAGCCCCACGUCCUGCUGUUUAAAGACAGCUACCACAACCUGCGCCUCUCCAUCCACGACAUGCCCCAGGCACACUGGAGAAGCAAACUACUGUCUGGAUACCAGGAGAUCCCAUUCUACCACAUCUGGAACGGUUCCCAGCGGUUCCUCCACUGUACCUUCACCCUGGAGCGGCUCAACCUCAGCACCUGUGAGCUCACCUGUCAGCUGUGUGUCUGGCAGGUAGAGGGAGAGGGACAGAGCUUCGGUCUCGACUUCAACAUCGCCAAGGACAGUCGACCCCUGGACCCGGAGUUCCUGCUGAUGGACAAUAACCCUAGUGGCUCAGCUCUAGCAGGACCCAGUGCUUUCCAGAUCCCCUAUCUCAUCAGGCAGAAGAUCUGCAGCAGCCUGGAUACACCUUGUCCCAACGGGGCCGAUUGGAGACUGUUGGCCCAGAGACUCAAACUGGACAGGCACAUGAGUUUCUUUGCGUCCAAGGCGAGUCCCACCAGUGUGAUUCUGGAUCUGUGGGAGGCCCAACACUUCCACAGCGGAAACCUGAACCAGCUGGCCACCGUCAUGGCCGACAUUGGCAAACAGGAAGCUAUGAUCUUCCUGGUCUCAGACGGAGAGUGCUAGCCCAGGU